UUCUUCUCAAAUUCAGUGCGCUCUCACCGCCGCACAAAAAGCGCCUCCGACAGACUAUACAGCGAUGAAGAAGUAACUAAACUGAAAAUGAAAAGUCUACUGUUUCUUGCACUGUUGGCGUUGCUAUGGCAAUGUAGCCGAGCACAGCAAAGGGGUCUUUUCCCAGCUGUGCUUAACCUGGCCUCCAUGGCACAGAUCACCUCCAAUGCCACCUGUGGAGAGAGGGGCCCGGAGAUGUACUGCAAGCUAGUGGAGCACGUCCCUGGGCAACCUGUGAGGAACCCCCAGUGUCGACUGUGUAACCUCAAAAGCGAAAGACCACACGAGCGGCACCCCAUCAACUAUGCCAUUGAUGGAACCAACAGAUGGUGGCAGAGCCCCAGCAUCAAGAACGGUAUGGAGUACCACUACGUCACCAUCACACUGGACCUCCAGCAGGUGUUCCAGGUCGCCUAUGUCAUCCUGAAGGCAGCCAACUCCCCCCGUCCUGGGAACUGGGUGCUGGAGCGCUCCCUGGAUGGGGUCUCCUUCACCCCCUGGCAGUAUUUUGCCAUCACCGACACAGAAUGCAUCACUCGAUUCAACAUCACGCCCAGGACGGGCCCACCCUCCUACACGGAGGAUGAUGAGGUCAUCUGCACAUCUUUCUACUCCAAGAUUCACCCGCUGGAGAAUGGGGAGAUUCACACCUCGUUGAUCAACGGGAGGCCCAGCGCGGACGACCCCUCCCCAACAUUGCUCAACUUCACUUCCGCCCGCUACAUCCGCCUGCAGUUCCAGCGAAUCAGGACCUUGAACGCCGACCUCAUGACUCUGGUUUUCAACGACCAGCAGGAUUUGGACCCCAUCGUAACCAGACGGUAUUACUAUUCGAUUAAGGAUAUAUCGAUUGGUGGGAUGUGUAUCUGCUAUGGUCAUGCAAAAGCAUGUCCCCUCAACAACCAGACAAAGAAAUUCAGCUGUGAGUGUGAGCACAACACAUGCGGUGAGAGUUGCGAUCGCUGUUGUCCUGGAUACAACCAGAAGCAGUGGAUGGCUGGAACCUUCCUCACGCGACACGUCUGUGAGAAAUGCAACUGUCACGGGAAAUCCGAGGAGUGCUACUACAACCAGACCGUCGCAGACAGGAAGCAGAGCUUGAACGCCAACGGCGAGUACGAGGGCGGAGGCGUGUGCCUCAGGUGUUCCCGCAACACCGCCGGGGUGAACUGCCAGUCCUGCGCGGACGGCUACUUCAGGCCGAGCGAGGUGCGUCCGGAGGAGUCCAACCCCUGCAGGACCUGUUCAUGUGAUGUCAGAGGCUCCCUUCACCAAAUCUGUAUCCCGGACGAAUCCCAGGCUGAAGGAGCCCUGUCUGCCGGGUCCUGCCGCUGCAAGCCGGGUUUCGGAGGUGACAGGUGCGACAGGUGUGCCUUCGGGCACCGCGAUUUCCCGCACUGCGUGCCCUGUACCUGCAAUAUUUACGGGAGCCGAAACAAGGACCCCUGUGUGUUGCCCUGCACCUGUAAGGACAACAUGGAGGGGGCCAGCUGCGACCGCUGCAAGGCGGGUUUCUACCAUCUCCGCGGCGACGACCCGCGCGGCUGCGAGAAGUGCUACUGCUCUGGCGUGGCGAGCCGCUGCUCGGACUCCCACUGGACGUACAGUAACGUGACGACCAUGUCGGGGUGGUUCCUGACCGGGUUGGACCGCACAGCCAGGAUGUGGCCGAGGCCCGGCGGGGAGGGGCUCCAGCAGCUCCAGAUCAGCAACGCGGAGGUCCAGAGACACCUGGAUGCGCUGUACUACUGGAGCGCCCCCGCCCUGUACCUGGGGAACAAGCUCACCGCCUACGGAGGACAGUUGGUGUUUACAGUCUCUUAUGAAACAGAAAGGAAGGACAAAGCCGUCAGACCCACCACGUAUGCUGAUGUAAUCAUAGAGGGCAGCGGGAUAACAAUGACUGACAGUCGGUUUGGGCAGCAGGUGCACCCCUUCUCAGAGAGCACAAAGAGAAUCACUCUGCUUCCUGAUCAUUUUCAACACCAUAAGACAGGCUUGCCUAUCAGCAAGAAGGAGUUCAUGAUGGCUCUCACUAAUAUGACAGGCCUUCUCAUCAGAGCCUCUUACAGCAAUGAGAAGGUCGCCAUCUACAGACUACUUUCCGUAAGUCUAGAGGUGGCCGAUGAGUUCUCCAGGACAGACGCGAAGGCCAACGCUGUGGAGAUGUGUCACUGUCCUCCUGGUUACGGUGGCACCUCCUGUGAGAUUUGCGCUGCUGGAUCCCGAAGGGUUAAUGGGACGUUGUACGGCGGCGUGUGUGAACCCUGUCGCUGCAAUGGCCACGCCUCACUCUGCGAUUACAUCACAGGCCAUUGCAUGGAUUGUGCGGAUCACACUGCUGGCCCUCACUGUGACGUUUGCGCUCCUGGUUUCUAUGGGGAUGCUACCAAGGGAACAGCCAAUGACUGCCGGCCAUGCGCCUGUCCACUGCAGGUUCCUUCCAACAACUUCAGCCCCACGUGUUACCAGGACGCCCGGGGGGAGCUGAUCUGCGACCGAUGUCCGCCGGGGUACGCGGGAUCACGCUGUGACAGGUGCUCCAAUGGAUUCUUCGGAAGACCCACAGAGCCGGGAGGCUCCUGUCAGCCGUGCCAGUGUAACGGGAACCUGGACAGCUCGGCCCCCCGCUGCUGCGACCCCCUGACGGGCGCCUGUCUGCGGUGCAGGGAGGGCUACGGGGGGGAGCAAUGCGAGACCUGCGCGCGGGGGUACUUCGGCGACGCCGUCACGGCUAAAAACUGUCAGCCAUGCCAGUGUCACAGCAACGGGUCCAUUUCGGAGGUGUGCGAGCGGGAGACGGGGCAGUGCCAGUGUCGGCAGCAUGUCGUCGGGCGACGGUGCGACGAGUGCAUGCCCAACUGCUGGUGGGACGCGGAGCAGCAGGUGUGCAUGCCGUGCUCCUGCAGCGCGGUGGGGGCCGUGUCGCAGCGCUGCGACCUGGAGGGCCGCUGCAUCUGCAAGCCCGGCUUCGUGGGCCGGCACUGCGACCUGCGGCAGCAGGGGUUCGAGCGCCGGGAGACGCGCAGGCCCGUCCAGCAGGUGCCCCUGCACCAGGUGCAGCGCUGGGGCUCCAGCAGCAGGACCGGAGGGUGUCCCAGGGGGGCGUACCGCCCCACGGGGCCGUCUACGUAUAACAUGCAGCCAUCCCGCGGCUGCGUUCCUUGUAACUGUAACUCCUUCGGGUCCAAGUCCUUCGACUGUGACGAGGCGGGUCAGUGCCGGUGCCAGCCCGGGGUGACGGGUCAGAAGUGCGACCGUUGCUCGGCCGGGCACUUCAACUUCCAGGAGGGCGGCUGCACACGUUGUCAGUGCGGCCACGUAGGGAAUAACUGUGAUUCCAGGACGGGACAGUGCAUCUGCCCCCCUAACACAGUAGGGGAGAGAUGUGACAAAUGCGCCCCCAAUUAUUGGGGUCAUGACAUCUUCACAGGCUGCAAGUCCUGUGACUGUAACGUGGUGGGCUCCCUCACCCUGCAGUGUAACGCAAACACCGGCUGCUGCUUUUGCCGGGAACAGUUCACCAGCGAGAAGUGUGACGAGUGCAAAGUGGGCUUCCGCGAUUUCCCACAAUGCCUUGCCUGCGGCUGUUCCGUGGCCGGCGCGGCAGUCCAGACCUGUGACGUGGACCGAGGCGUAUGUUCCUGCGCCGACAGGACAGGGCAGUGCAAGUGCAAGGCCAACACGGAGGGGCUGCUGUGUGACCGCUGCCGGGCCGGAACCUUUGGGCUGAGCGCCAGGAACCCCCAGGGCUGCAGCCAGUGCUACUGCUUCGGCAUGUCCAGCAAGUGCACCGAGGCGCAGGGGCUCAUCCGAAUGUGGCUUACUCUGAAACCCGAGCAGACCGUGCUGCCGCUAGUGGACAAGGCCAACCAACGAACGACCACACACGGGGUCGCCUUCCAGCACCCGGAGAUAAUCGCAAACGCUGACCUGGUGACCCGCGACCUGACCGAACCUUACUAUUGGAGGCUACCCGAGCAGUUCCAAGGAUCUAUGAUAACUGCGUAUGGCGGGAAGCUCAAGUAUGCCAUAUACUACGAGGCUCGGGAUGAAACGGGCCGAACCUCCUACGAACCCCAGGUGAUCAUUAGAGGCGGUCCCAGGAAGGACAAGGUGAUGACGCGGGACAUGCCUGGCCUCCAGAUUGGUCAGCUGACCCGUCACGAGAUUGACAUGACAGAGCACGAUUGGAAGCUCAGCGACAACAGGGUCAUGAGCCGUGAAGACUUCAUGGAUAUCCUGUUCCACAUCGAUUACAUCCUCAUCAAGGCCUCGCAUGGAAACCUAAUGAGACACAGCAGGAUCUCUGAGAUUUCCCUGGAGGUUGCCGAGGAGGGGAGGCCGUCGGUGGAGAGCGAGCGAGCCCACCAGAUUGAGAAGUGCGACUGCCCCACGGGCUACUCUGGGCUGUCCUGCGAGGAGUGCGCGGCUGGCUUCUACCGACAGUUGGCCCGCGCCGGCGGCUCGGCCUCCAGGGCGGGCAUCGGGAGCUGCGUGGAGUGCCAGUGCAGCGGGCACAGCGACACUUGCGACCCCGAAACGUCCGUCUGCCAGAACUGCCAGCACAACACCGUAGGGGACAGGUGCGAACGCUGCGCCCCGGGGUUCUACGGCGUGGUUCGCGGGUUCCCCCAGGACUGCCGCCCCUGCGCCUGCCCCCUCGCCAACCCGGAAAACAAUUUCAGUCCCACCUGUGUCACGGAGGGAUUCAACGACUACCGCUGCACCGCUUGUCCGGAGGGUUACGAGGGAAAGUACUGCGAGCGGUGUGCGAGCGGUUACCACGGCGACCCCCAGGCCUCCGGUGGAAGGUGCGAGGAGUGUAAGUGCGACCCCGUGGGGGCGCUGCCCCGCCCCUGCCACCCCCGGACCGGGCAGUGCCAGUGCAGAAGCGGGGCCACCGGCUUGGCGUGUGACAAGUGCAUGGAGCGGCAUGUGUGUGGGCCCACAGGGAUUGUGUCAUGCGAUGAUGAUUGCAGCGGACUCCUCAUCAGCGACAUGGACGGGCUGCAUCGCCUCAUUUCCAGUGUCAACCUCACUGGUCCGCUGCCACCGCCCUACAAAGUGCUCUACAGGUUCGAGAACAUGACAGAGGAGCUCAAGCAUCUGCUCUCCCCUCAGAGGGCGCCAGAGAGGCUGGCGCAGUUGGCGGACAGCAACCUGGCCAGCCUGGUGACGGAGAUGGACGAGCUGCUGAGUCGGGCGACCAAAGUAUCGGCAGAUGGCGAGCAAACAGACGCGGACGCCGACAGGAUCCACAAAAGGGCUGAAGACUUAGAAAUGUUUGCCAAGGAUACGCUGCUGGCUGUGGAAGCUCUGAGGAACAAGGCCCAGCUUCUGAACAAGACCCUGGGCACACGACCCGGCGAGCCGGAGAAGAGCCUCAACGAAAUGCACCGGCACAUCGACGCCAUGCUCGCCGAGCUCCGCAAGCGCCAGCUGGGCGGGAAGAAGCCGAUCGCCGAGGAAGAGCUCGGCGCUGCGGAUGCCCUUUACCAAAAAGUGAAGCGCCAGUUCGGAGACCCACACCAGGCCACGGAGGACCUGAAGAAGGAGGUGACCGGCAAGAUGGCCGACCACAAGAACAAGCUGGAGGACGCGGAAGCCCUGCUGAAAGAGGCGCAGGAGAAGAUCAGGGAGGCCAACUUCUUAUCGACGGUCAACCAUCACAACGUGUCCAACCUUGAGAGGAAGAGGGACGGCAUGAAGAAAGGAAAGAAGGCGACGGAAGGAAUCCUCGCAGACGGAGAGCGCAUCCUCGAUGAAGCCAACGUCCUCUCGGCCGGCAUUAAGCAGGAGCUGGAGGACCUGGAGAACAUGGAGCAGCAGUUGACCCCUCUGCACGGUCAGCUGGACUAUAAGGUCAGCCGGCUGUCCGAAGGCCUCGGCGAGAAGACCCUCCCGGAUCUGCUGCGGAGAGCCGAGAACCACGCCGCAGAGCUCAACGAGUCCUCCGGCAUCCUGGACAGUAUCCUGGCAGACGCGAAGAACUUGUCCUUUAACGCCACGGCGGCGUUCAACGCCUACACCAACAUCAAGGACUUCAUUGAAGAGGCGGAGAAAGUGGCCAAGCAGGCGAAGGCUCGAGGGACAGAGGCUCUGGAGUUGGCAUCCGGCCCAGAAGGCUCUUUAAAGGAUCAGGCCAAAACCUCUCUCCAGAAGAGCUUCAGGCUGUGGAAUGAAGCCAUGAAAUUAAACAAUGAGGUGAAAGAGAACGGAGAGAGCGUGGGGGGCCUGCAGGCCAGGGUAAAGGCCGCCGAGAUGAAGAACAAGGACUUACUGAAGGCCCUCAACGGCACCCUGGGAAAGCUGCAAGCCGUCCCGAGCGACACGAGCGCAAAGCUGCAGGCGGCCAAAGACAAGGCCAGAGAUGCCAACGCCACCGCCAACGAUGUGCUGGCAAGACUCAAGGACAUGAAUCUCAACCUGAUGGGUCUGCAGAAAAACUACAGUCAGCUGGAAGAUGAUGUGAAGAAGGCCAACAACAUUAUCCAGGAUCCCGACAAGAACAGUGAGUUCCACGCCGCCGGGGCCAAAGUGAAGGACCUGGAGGACGAGGCGGACCGGCUCCUGGAGAAGCUGAAGCCCAUCAGGGCCUUCCAGGACGACCUGAAGAAGAACAUCUCGCAGAUCAAAGAGCUGAUCAACCAGGCCCGGAAGCAGGCCAACUCAAUUAAAGUGUCUGUCUCGUCCGGAGGGGACUGCAUCCGUUCAUACAGGCCAGAGAUCAAGAAGGGGCGAUACAACACCAUCAUCCUAAACGUGAAGACCGUCUAUCCAGACAACCUGCUCUUUUACCUCGGAAGUGCCAAAUACAUCGACUUCCUGGCGAUAGAGAUGCGCAAGGGCAAGGUCAAUUUCCUGUGGGACGUGGGCUCGGGGGUUGGCCGCGUGGAACACCCGGACCUGACCAUCAACGACGGGAACUGGCACCGGAUCGAAGCGUCGCGGAUUGGUGUCAAUGGCACCAUCUCUGUCCACCCACUGGAGGGCCCGAGGGCUGGCAUCAUGCCCACGUCCAACAGUGCUACAUCGCCCGCCGGCUACACCAUCCUAGACGUGGACCAGAACGCUUACCUGUUUGUCGGUGGUAUACUGGGAACUGUGAAGAAAGCGGAUGCGGUCAAAACAACCACGUUCUCUGGUUGCAUGGGGGAAGCAUAUCUGGACAAUAAACCCAUCGGACUGUGGAACUACAGAGAAAGGGAAGGGGACUGCAAAGGUUGCGUUGUGAGUCCUCAGCCCGCAGACAGUGAGGGCACGGUGCAGUAUGACGGGGAGGGAUAUGCGGCCGUGAGCCGUCCGACGCGCUGGAACCCCAACGUCUCGACCGUCAUGUUCAAGUUCCGCACCUUCUCCUCCAACUCCAUGCUUAUGUACUUGGCCACAAAGGACAUGAAGGACUUCAUGAGUGCAGAGCUGAUUGACGGACAUGUGAAAGUCAGUUUCGACCUCGGCUCCGGCACGGGGUCCUCCACCAGCGUCAAACGGCACAACGACGGCAGGUGGAAGUCCUUCACCAUGGCCAGAUUGAAGAAACACGCUACGGUGACCAUCGUGGACAUCGACUCCAACGAGGAGGAGAAGAUGGAGGCGACGUCCCAGGGGGCGAGCACGGGGCUCAACCUCCGGGAGGACGAGAGGAUCUAUUUCGGGGGCCUGCCGACGCUCCGGAACGUCAGUAUCAAAGCCAGGCCGGAGGUGACUUUGAAGAAGUUUGCGGGCUGUAUGAAAGAUAUAGAAGUUUCCAGAACGCCGUACAAUUUGCUAAGCAGUUCGGACUACACGGGCUUGACAAAAGGCUGCUCUAUAGAGAACCUUCACACAGUUAGCUUCCCCAAGCCGGGAUUUAUGGAGCUGAAGCCCAUGUCUUUCGACGUUGGCACGGAGAUAACGUUGUCCUUCAGCACCAAGAGCGACAAAGGCAUCAUCCUCUUCGGCAGCGGGGGGGUCCCGGAACACCCCAGGAGGAAGCGCAGGCAGACGGGAGAGCCCUUCCUGUCGGUGCUCCUGAACAAGGGGGCCCUGGAGGUGCUGGUGUUCUCGGGGAGCCACAACCCCCGCCGUGUGAUCCGCAGGGCGGAGGACGGGAUCCUGCACGACGGCCGCGAGCACUCGCUGCGCAUCGAGAGGCUGAGCAGCAGGAUUCUGACAGUGCAGGUGGACGAGGAGAACAAGUUGGACCAGGCGCUGCCUAAUGACCACCCCAUCGGCCUCAAGAGGCUGUUCAUUGGGGGAAUCCCGCCAGACGUGGCAACCCGCACGCAGAGGACCAACGUCCCAUUCGAGGGCUGCAUCUGGAACCUGGUCAUCAACAGGAUCCCCACCGAUUUCUCGCAGCCGGUGUCGUUUGAGAACGCGGAAAUCGGGCAGUGCCCGGACUUGGCCCCUCCCCCUCCCCCUCCCCUGCCCCCUAGACCCGUCCCCAAGGAGAAGCCAGAGGGGCCGACCAAAACGGAGCAGCCCACCGGACCAACUGCCGGGCAGCUUCCGACACCCCCUGGCGACGUCCUGCCAGCUGGGGUCGGGAGCCCUGCCCCGCCUACUCUCGCUGCCUCGUCUGUUAGCGCUGCUCCGCCCACUCUCGCUGCCCCGCCCUCUAUCCCCGCCCCGCCUGCUAGCGCUGUCCCGUCAGCUGACCUGAAUUCCACGCUGAUCUCCUGUGCUACUGAAGCCAGCCCUGUGGUGUUGGAGAAGGCAAUACAAUUUGGUCUGUUAAGAAACAGUCACGUUGCUAUGGCCUUCGAUGAUACAAAGGUCAAAAACAGGCUGAUCAUUGAGUUUGAGCUGCGUACGGAGGCGGAGUCGGGCCUGGUGUUCUACAUGGCCCGGAUAAACCACGCUGACUUCGCCACCAUCCAGGUGAAGGAGGGCAUGGCCCACCUGGCCUUCGACCUGGGCAGCGGGAACACCUCCGUCCACGUCCCUCGCGUCAUCAACGACGGGAAGUGGCACAAGAUUCGGGUGAUGAGAGAAAAGCAGAGGGGGGUACUGAUCAUCGACAAUCGAUACUCCAAGCAGACCACCAGCCCCAAAAAGGCAGACAUCCUCGAUGUGGUCGGGAUGCUCUACAUCGGAGGCCUUCCUGUCAAUUACACAACGAAAAGGAUUGGCCCGGUGCUGUACAGCAUUAAUGGCUGUAUUAGGAAUUUCAAAAUGUUGGGUUCCCUGUUGGACAUGGAUAACCCCACAUCCAGCUACCAUGUUGGCUCCUGCUUUGUCAACCCUCAGAAAGGGACAUACUUCAGUGGCACUGGAUAUGCAAAAGCAGUGGGCUCGUACCGAGUCGGCUUGGACAUGACCAUCCAGCUGGAAUUCCGCACGUCCCAGGCCAGCGGGGUCCUGCUAGGAAUCAGCAGUCAGAAGAUGGACGGGCUGGGCAUCGAGCUGCAUAACGGCAAAGUGCUGUUCCACGCGGACAACGGGGUGGGGCGGGUCACGGCGGUGCACGAGCCGGACGCGGAGGCGGGGCUCUGCGACGGACAGUGGCACUCGGUCACGGCCCACAAGCUGAAGCACCGGCUGAAGCUCGUGGUGGACGGCAAGGAGUCGGAGGCGGAGAGCCCGCACGUCCAGUCUGCGUCCGCCGACACUAACGACCCCGUUUACGUGGGCGGCUACCCUGAGGGCCUGAAGCAGUUUGGGCUGACCAUCAACACGCCCUUCAAGGGCUGCAUCCGGGACCUGAAGCUGACCAAGGCCUCCAAGGUGCUGGACGUCCACUUCAACAAGGCUCUGGAGCUCCAGGGGGUCCAGCCUCUUACCUGCCCGGCAAACUGACUCGAGCCGGAUGACGUCGAGCCGGAUGACGCAAUGUGAUCAUAUUCAGCAGCCUCUGUGUCUCUGUGUGUAGCCUAGCAGUGUGAGGUUUGGUUUGAGGUUUUAUUUCUUUCUUUCUUUUUUGAAGAGUGUGAAGUAUUCCCACGGUGAAAUUAAGCUGGACUGAUUGAAAUCUUGUGGAUGUUGUAACAAAAAAAGGUGCUUGCAUGCUGCUUUAGAAAGAUCCUGUGCAUGGACAACGCUGUAAUGUGAUCUGUAUGCCAUUUUCAAAUAUAGCCCAUUCUGAUGA